AGAUAGAAGAAAAAUUGCUAAAUGAAGUGUUUGUGAAUGAAAAACCUGAAUAUCACGACAAAAGGAAAUUUCUCAGAUUAGGUUUAUUACAUGAUUUGUAGUUCUAAGAAAAAAUGUUGACAGUGCUGUCAGUUCAAGAGAAUGAUACAGAAACCUGAUAUUUCUCAUUUGUCAUGAUUGUUAUAAAUAAGACUCUAUCACUCGAAGUAAAUCAAAGUUUGGGACAACUUGUGGAGUAUAGCAAUGGCUGUUAAUGACAAACAACUCGAUGCUCUCGAAACAUCGUUACAAGACCUACCGCUUUGUAUGAGAGCAUUCUCGUUAUCAAUGAGAAGCUUGUACGCAGAAAAGGCGGUGGGGGGAAGCGAUAAAUGUAUUACACAAUUUCGUGAACUUCGGGAUGACACAAGAAAUGAUGCGGUGGUUUAUCUACGCGGCGUCCUACCUAUUUGCACCAAGUUCAUCUCCAACCUGCAAGAAUAUUUUGAGUAUUACCUUGCAUUAAGCUUCGAUGAUUGGAGCGAAUAUUUAGACGACAUUAUUGCAGAUACUUCUGAACAUGAGAAAGUUGCUGAUGUUUUGGUAAAAUUGCACAAAGGUAUGUUAGUAAAUCUUAAAUUGCGGGAAGAUAAAGCUAAAGUGAUUUUGGCCGAAAUGACGCAACUAACAGAAGAAUAUGAGAAAAAAAGAAAAGAAUUGCAAGCUUCAGCGGAAAGUAAAAGCAAUUGGGCUUUUGGCCUAGCUUUCAUACCAUUUAUCAAUAUUAUCGCAUCUCCUACGCUCUUAGCUUGUGCUGAUACUGAUUUGUGUGAAGCAGUAGCCAAGUGUGAACAAGCUAAACUUGCAAGUGCAUCUGCACUGGUUGUAAAAGAAACCCUGAUUCCAGCCUUAGGGCAGUUUAUCAAAGGCUUGGAAUGCGCUGCUGGAUUUUUUAACGCUCUACGUAUUGAGCUCACUCAAUUACGCGAUACUGGAGAAAAAGCAAAAGAAAAUCCGAAAAAAUUACACUACAAGAUGAUGCAAAAUAAGGCAAAAAGUAUACAGGGUGGCUGUCGCUCAUUUUACGCUACCAUACCAAGCAUUGAGACUGAUUUUGAAGCUAUCCCCUCGGAAGGUACCGACAAAAAUUAUGUGGACAAAUGGCUUGAAAAUCAAAAGGAAAUCAUUAACUCCAACCUUGAGAAAAACAUUGCUUGGAAAUGGAUCAAAGCAAUAAAAGGAAAUUAAUUUUAAAAGCAGUUUGAAAAGACAUCUGCAAACUUUAACUUAAAGUUUCUUGAAAAUGGUGCGGUGUAUUUUAAAGAAUUACAAUACAAUGCACAUAUAAUAUCGCGAUAAUAUCUACUAGCUUACUUUACAUACAUCUUCUUGUCAACUUCGUCCCCAGUCCUUCUAGAGGUAUUUUACGUCACUUUCUUUCAAAAUUGAGUUCCAUUUUGUUUAUUGUUUGUUUUCGAUGGAUAUCUAUGGCGACGUUUCUAAACUCAAAAUAGGGGCUUGGUGAUAAGACUCACUGUCUUCUUCUUGCUCCUGUCAGCAACUAUUAUCACAAACGCGAAUAUUUACAUAUUUGUUAUAUUAUCUUAAUGUUAAAAUUAAUGACCUAAUAAAGAAAAAAACAACCCUACAGCGACAGAAAUACUGAAUUUCUGAAUACAUAUUGCCAAAUAAUUUAAGGCUCUCCAAACACACGAUGGGGAAAACUUGUUUAUCAAUCUGUGAAAUUUGAGAAUCUGUUUGAUAUACUUGAUUGCGAAAUAAUUUUUUAUUCUUGUUUGUCGAACAGCUAAAAUAACAUUCCACUUUAUACCUACUUCUUUAAUAACUUUAAAAUCAAGUGACGUCAACAACAAUCAAAUAUUGUUUUAGAAAGCAGAGUGAUGAUAAGCAAACUUGGUACAACUCUUCAUAUACACAAUACGUAAUAGUAGAAAGGUAGUAGUGACAUAUAUUGCAUUUUUUUUAAAAAAUAUUUUGCAACAUCAAUAAAAAAAAAUUGUAAAUUUUGAAACUAAUUAGCUAGCUACUAUUCUUGUAUUGUAAUUGAAAGAUUAAUCGCGUACUUACCGUACGUUGGUUAAUCGAGAUUAUAUUGUCAAAUCUUGUGAUUACGUUGGAUGAACAGUAAACGCUUAGUUAAGCAAGAGUUUAA